AUGCCGAUGAUCACCCGGCGAACACUUCUGGCCGGCACGGCGGCAACCCUUGCCGCGGUCGCGUCGGGCCCGGCCCGCGCCGCGGCGGCUGUCAGCGGCGUGGUCGAGCUGUUCACCAGCCAGGGGUGCAGUUCCUGCCCGCCGGCGGAUGCGGCGCUUGCCGAGUUCGCCGCCGAUCCUGACGUUCUCGCGCUUGGCUACCAUAUCGACUACUGGGACUAUCUGGGCUGGAAGGACACGCUCGCCAGCGCCGACAAUACGGCCCGCCAGCGCGCCUAUGCGCGGACCUUGGGCAGCCGAUCGGUCUAUACGCCGCAGGCGGUGGUCAAUGGCCGCGACCAUCUCAAUGGCGGCUACAAGACGCGGAUCCGGGGCCUGAUUGGCGAACAUGAGGCAGCCGGCAACGGACUGGUGGUGCCCGUCAUGGUCGCAAUGAGCGCCGGGCGGCUGUCGGUCGGGGUCGGCGACGGGAUCAAGCCGGCCGGGGCCGACAUGCUGCUGACGAUCGUCUAUUAUCGCGACCGCAGCGAGGUGGAGAUCGCGCGCGGCGAAAAUGCCGGCCGCACCAUGGUCUAUGCCAAUGCCGUCAUGGCGCAGCAGACGCUUGGCAUGUGGGACGGCAAGGCGAUGCAGAUCGACCUGCCGCGCGACAAGAUCGCGCAGAACAAGGCGACGGGUUGCGCCGUGCUUCUGCAGGCGGCGAUCGAUGGCGCGCCGGGCCCGAUCAUGGGCGCGGCCAAGCUGAAGGGUUUCGACAGAAGCUGA